GACAGCUGAUGUCCGGGAGCUGUGAGCGCACACGUCGCUCUCUCCACCACAUCUCUCCACUGCGGAAGGACCGUGAAGGCGGCAGCAGCAGCAGCAGGUACAGUUCACUUGUUCCUGCUCGACCAAACCCUACAGGCGACUUUAUCACUCAGGAGCUACUUUCUCUGAGAGGACGUACACAGCAGCAUCUCCGACGAGGAGUGGACGAGAGCGGAGGAAGGACAACUUUUGCCCGUCUGCUCUUCUUUUCUUUUAUUUUGUUGCCACAUCCCCAUAACCUUGGAAGACACACCUGGUUGUGAGAGGAUGGGACCGCUACUCCCUCUCAUCGUGUUGUGUUUGAGCGCCGCUGGCCCACAUCAUGUGGAAGGAGCAGAUGGUGAGGAACCAACUUCAUCAGGCCCUUGCCAUCCAAACCCCUGCCACAACAAAGGAACAUGUGAGAUCAGUGAGACCUACAGAGGAGACACCUUCAUAGGUUACGUCUGCAAGUGUCCAAGAGGCUUCAGUGGCGUUCACUGCCAACACAAUAUUAAUGACUGUGACAGAGACCCGUGUAAGAACGGUGGCGUUUGCACUGAUUUGGUUGCCAACUAUUCCUGCGAAUGUCCAGGAGAGUACAUGGGGAGGAACUGUCAAUACAAAUGCUCCGGACCGCUGGGCAUGGAGGGCGGCAUAAUCUCCAACCAGCAGAUAACGGCCUCCUCCACCCACCGCGCUCUCUUUGGCUUGCAGAAGUGGUACCCGUACUUUGCACGCCUGAACAAGAAGGGCUUGGUCAAUGCCUGGACCGCUGCCGAAAAUGACAGAUGGCCGUGGAUCCAGAUCAAUCUUCUUCGGAGAAUGAGAGUCACAGGCCUAAUUACCCAGGGUGCAAAGCGUAUUGGCAGCCCGGAGUAUGUCAAGUCAUACAAAGUGGCGUACAGUGAUGAUGGGAAGACCUGGAGAACAUACAAAGUCAAGGGCAAAGAUGAGGACAAGAUUUUUAAAGGAAAUGUUGAUAACAACGCUCCAUCAGCCAACUCUUUCACACCCCCUAUCGAAGCCCAGUAUGUGCGCAUUUAUCCUCAAGUCUGCAGGAGGCAUUGCACUUUACGGACGGAGCUUCUUGGCUGUGAGCUGUCAGGCUGUUCUGAACCACUGGGAAUGAAGUCAGGACACAUUCAGGACUACCAGGUCACGGCCUCCAGCAUCUUCAGGACACUCAACAUGGACAUGUUCACUUGGGAGCCGGGGAAAGCCCGUUUGGACAAACAAGGCAAGGUUAAUGCUUGGACAGCUGGACACAGCGACCAGUCACAGUGGCUACAGGUUGACUUGCUUGUUCCGACAAAGGUCACCGGGGUCAUCACCCAGGGAGCUAAAGACUUCGGACACGUCCAGUUUGUCGGCUCGUACAAAGUCGCUUACAGUAACGAUGGGGAGAGGUGGAACGUAUAUCAAGAUCAGAAACAAGGAAAAGACAAGGUAUUCCAGGGGAACUUUGACAACGACACACACAGAAAGAAUGUGAUAGACCCCCCUAUCUACGCCCGGUUCAUUCGGAUCCUCCCCUGGUCAUGGUACGGCAGGAUCACUUUGCGUGCAGAAAUACUGGGAUGCACAGAGGAAGAGUGAUGUAUUUUCCCCGUUGCCUCUUUGGCCACCGCCCCCUUGUCCUUUGGGAUACUGGAGUAUAUCAUGCAGUUCUUCAGAAACAAAACUCUUCAACCUGUAUAAAGAAAUUGAUUUCCAAUGGAUUUUUCAAGAAUAGGUGUUAAGUUGUUGGUGGGUUACUGUUAGUUCUUUUGUACACUAAUUUAAAACCUGCCCCUGUUCCACUUUUUGUCUUUCAGUUCAUUAUGUAAAGCGUGAUCUGUGUCUUUUUAUUCCGCCAUCCUCCUUGGAAUGAACUUCUGUAAAAUAGAAGGGGUGGAUGGAGUUGGGGGUGGAGUCAGAAAAAGGGGGUUGGGUCUACCUGUGGUUUUAACUCGUUGCCAUGGAAGCUAUUGUACAGUGUCACUUUUUAACGAAGAUGUGAAACCUGUCCAUUAUUAACCAGCUUCAUCUUAUAAUUAAGCUGACUAAGGAACCAUGUAGAGAUAAUGUUAUCAUGUUAUGACAUUUGUUUUUAUUUGAUAGCCACACCCCCUUAAGCCAUGGUUUCACUCAAAGGGACACUGACAUCAAUCAAAAAGACUAUUAAUUAUCUUGUAAUUUAUGUAAAAGACUAAGAAACUGCAUGGUGCGUGAAUUAUAAAUGUAUAUUAUGACAAAUCAUUCAAAUCCUCCAGCCCUGAGAGCAAUUAACUUUGAAUUGGGGACCUAUUUUUAUGUGCAUUUUAGAUAGUUCUGAAACAUGACCACACACACAAAAAGAUGGAUGAGUGAUGACGAAGCUGGGAGGCGUUAUUUAACUUGAAAACCUUUUGGCCCCAUCAUUGAGUUUCCAUUUUAAUUUCCAUUAUAACUGGACGUUUUCUAAAAUGUAAAUGUUUAUGUUCAUUCUUUUUCAUAAAGUCUGUGUUAGAUGUCCGCGUGUUGUCCUGGUGAUCAAUUUAAAAGCUCAGGAUAGAUGUUAUUAAUAAUUACCCAUGAUGUGUAAUGUUUGGGCACUUAUACGAAGAUAACAUUCACAGAAAAUACCUAAAUAGAGAAAAUGUUUAUAUACAUUCAACAUACCUUAGAUAAUGAAGACUUUAACCCUUUUAAUACAUUAGAUACGAUAAACAAUGAUAAAUGAAAUUGUGAAAACCGACGAGCAUUAAUAUUAAUUAGUCGGUGUCACAAACUAAAAACUAAGAAGAUGAUGAACCAUGACAACUAGACAAAGCUCAGAGCUGUUUGAAGGGAACUUGAAUUAAAAGAGUAUCUUUUGAAGUGCAUUUCUAUGAAAAAUGUAUGAACAUUAACAUUUUACCUGCUUUACAAAGUUUUUGUUAGAACAACUCAGUUUGGAGAAGCAGAUUAACUUUGACUGGAUUGAUGAGGUGGUCUCAUUGGGAACAGUUACAAUGUGGAUUUUUGCAGUUUUUAUAAUAAUUUUUUUUUGGUGUUCACGAGUGUUUUACCUUUUUAAUGCCAAAAGUAUUCUGACAUGAAGUUUUACUAAUAUUGUUGUUACUAAGCAUAAAAUUCUAUGUAAAUAGGUCAUUUUUGGCUGCAUAAAUUAUUGAGGUUUUUCCAGGAUUUGUUGUCAUUUUUGAGAUUUCAGUAUUUUAUUUAAAUGGGCACAAAUCCACUUUAAAACUAGCCUGGUUUUGACUAGCCUUUAGCCCAUCAAUCCAGGUAGGAAACCACAGUUUCUCCAAAAGAGUUUGUUAAAAUAUCCAUCUCCUGCAGGUAAAAUAUUAAUUUCCUAAAUCACUUUAACUCAAAGUAUCUGAACUAAUACUUUAACAUUAGUAAACGUUAAAGACCUCAAGGGCAUUUUCACAUGAUGUCACGACUGUCUGCAACUUCAGACAGUUGGAAACUUGGAGACACGAGGAUUACGGAUGGGUUCUUUGAUGCAGUUUCCAUUGUAUGUAUGCUACCACAGGCUGCAUGCCACGGUAAAUUAAAAGCUGCCUGGCUGAAGAAACAGAAGUAAACAAAGUAUUUGAGUAAGUUGCCCUGGGUUACCCCAGCACUCUCUACUCCUAACAAGUCAUUCCAAAGCUCUCGAGUGCUACAAUGAAAUCUGAAAGGCUCCACAUCCACGUUUUACACCUCAGGUUUCAUUUAAGACCUGCCAGCUUUCAGUGUCCCAACGAGCAAAUUGUUUCCUAUUUUUCAGAAAACAUUUUAUUUGCUCUGAGACGACAGCCUGAAGGAAAAGCUAACACAUUUACAAAAGUCAAACAAUUAUUUACUUAAUAUGAGAAACAUGAAAGAAAAUAUAAAACUUUUAAAACAUUGUUAAUCGGACAUACAAUUAAUGAAGAUCACAGUGAGCAAAUGUGAAGAAAUGCAUCACCAUUUUGCGUCGGACCAUUUUCUUUUACUAAAGGUUUUAAUUACCUGGAGAACUGGAACUAAUUACAGAACGGACAAUAUAUUAGAUUCUGAUGUGUUUAUAUAGAAAGUUUUACUGGAUGCUUUUAUGACAGAUUACCAUUAUUUGAAAAAUAGUCUUGUUGUGAGUCACCCCAAUAGGUUCAUGGGCAAUGGUGGACAGAUUAAUUGUCAUUUGAUCCUAAAAUGCUUUAUUGCCAAGUUACUGUAUCUCGUCCACCACCUGCACUGGCGAAGCUUUGUAGUGAGCUUCCUGUGAGCAUAUACGAUGGAGCAGGCCUGCUGCAAAGCUCUGAGGAGGUAUGCAUGAUGUAUGAAACUGAAACAAAAGUGUCCGCAGGCACAUUCUGUUUCUGCAGAUCAUAAAGAUCUGCAGUGUAAGAACUUACUGAGCUACACUGAACAGGUCCGAGGUGGAGAACCAAGCUGUCUUUGUAUUUCUGUGUCAAAUGUUCACAUAAUCGUUUCUUACUUCCUUCAUCUUCAUCCAGAAAUUACACCAGUUAUAAAACUGCUUAUAUUCAAGCCUGCACCGGAGGGAGGGACUCUGUACAGCCCACGAAAAUAUGUUGCUUCAAACUAAAGCUGUUUCGGUUUGAUGAAUAAAAUAUCUGUGUGACAA